AUGCUCAGCCAGAGCGACUCUCCUUUGCGGCGCCUGGCUGACGUGCUGACACGCAUAGAAGACCUGGCCUUCAUUCUCUGUUGGGCAGACGAGCAAGGUCGGGUGGCGGAAGUGGCCCUGCCGCGGCUCGGACUAAACUUCAAGGCGAACCGCCACGGCUGUCUCGAGUGCCUGGGCUUUGGCGGCCUCGGCUUCGGCCUCGGCUACCGCGCUACCAACACAGUCCGGCAUCGACUGCAGCAGUUCGGCGGUGCAGCGCUGCUUCUACAGGGCGAGGAGGGGGAACUGGCCGUCCUGUGCUCUGCGCUGCAGCGCCCGCGGCGUCCCGCUGGAGGGCCUUCCCCCGUGGAAUGGGGGGCCCCCUUGGUUUUUGAUCGAAGCAACCGGAGGGGCAGCGACUCGCCCGGGCCGGGUCACUACUUCUUCUCCCUCCACUCCUCGCAGACCUACGCGCAAGCACAGGACCUCGCCGCAGAGCUCUACCGCCUGACUUGCUGCUGGCUUAUGCACCGCUACGACGAGGCAGAAGCUGGCGGAAGCUUCUGGAGCACAUGCAAGAGCAUGCAAGAGUGCGAAGGCUCCAAAGCAACUGAUUCGCCCCUCCUGAACCGAACCAGGUGGUGCGCUCCGCCAGCUCUCUAG